AUGUCUCAGAAUAGAUGUAUACGUUGCAACAAGUGCGUUGGAGAAGACAGUUGGUGUAAUGACUGUGACAUCGAACAAUUAAUGAAGGGAUGGACGAGUGGAAAUAAGGAAUAUGAUGCCGUUAUCCAACAGACGCAGAAAUCCGCAGAUAGUCAUAACUAUCCCUGCCUUAAAUGGAUACCCUCACAGAGCCUAAUAAACCUGGUGGAAAUCCGAAGAGGCAAUUUUGGAACUAUCUACUCAGCCGAUUGGGUAAAUGGGAGAGGAGGUGUGCACUGGCGAGAGACUAUCAAAGUCGCGGUCCGUGUCUUGAAUUGUAGCGCUGAUGUGGAUACGCGUUUUUUGCAAGAGUUGGAAAAAGGAGCAGCAACUAUUCAAAAUAUGAGUAAUCCUAUUUAUCAGGUGCUGGGCUUAUUUGGCGUUACAAAAUUUAAUGACCAAAAUAAGUAUGCAUUAGUUGCGGGGACAUUUGCAACAAUUGUGGUGGUCUACUUGACAAUCUUACCUGGUGUAAUGAAUGUAAAUUCAAUCAGUAUACUCCAGGGUGGACAAAGCCUAAAAAAUCUGGUAACAAUCAGCAAUAGUAAUGCCGGAACGACCUACAGCGCUGAUUGGGUGGAAGGUGAAUAUGAUGGGUGGACAGUUGACAAAAAUAGGCAAAUAGCACAUCAGUGGAAGACUGUUAAAGUUACCUUUAGUGUCCUGAAUUGCGGUGUUGAAUUUCUCCCAGAUCCUCGCAUUAUUCGAUACUGGUGUGAUGAAGCCCAGUUUUUUCAUGUUGAUGAUGAUGACGCACGCUUUAUGCACGAGUUGUUUAAAGGAUUGGGUGUUAUUUUUCGCUAUAUUGGCGAACAUAAUCAAGAAGACUUUGAUGGUUGGCGCUUUUGUGAUUAUGAGCUGAAAGCACUUAAGAAAUUCAAAAUUAAACGUGAUGAUGAAUCUCAUAUGGGAGUACAGGUCGUUGGUGUCUCAAAAAAUAACGAAAAUCAAUUUCUCCUUGUAAUGAACUAUGCUGAAGGUAGUGAUUUGCGUAAAUAUUUGAAAAAUAACCCACACAUUAGUUGGGCGAAUCGAUUGUCAAUUCUAUAUGAUAUUACUUUAUCUCUUUUGCAUAUACACGAGGCGGGCAUUAUUCAUCGAGAUAUUCAUGGAGGAAAUAUACUCAUUAGUCGGAGUGGCAGUGGUAAUUUUGGAAGAGCGAUCAAUAAAGGACAAAUCGAACCAUCAAAUGCUAUCAUAGGUGUGCUACCUUAUAUUGCACCAGAAAUUUUGCGUCAACAAAUAUAUACUCAGGCCCAAGAUAUUUAUAGUCUCGGAGUGAUAAUGUCUCAAAUAUCAACUGGCCAAUUUCCCUUACCCAAACGCGAGUAUGGUGGAAUUUUGAUGUUGGAAAUCUGUGACGGUUUACGUCCCCACUUUGAAGAAGGGACUCCUCAAAUUGAUAUUGAUUUUGCUAAACGAUGUAUGCAUGAUGAUCCCGAGAAGCGGCCAACGGCAAAGGAGGCUUCUGAGAAGAUAGAAAGGUGGUUAUUUACGGAAGGAGCCUCUAGUCACGGUUUAAUACUUCGGAUUUAUGACAAUAGUUUUAUGGCUAUUGAGAUGGAUCCUGAGAUUAAAAAGCUGUUUCAAAAAGCAGAUAAGAAACGUCCUUUUCCCCAGCUUGACCAAAAAUCAGUAAUUCCUUGCACAACAAGGUAUCACAGUUCCGUAUAUAGUUUGCAAGAAUUACAGGAAAAAUUCUUGACACCUGCGAACCGAGCACUUGAGUCCGGUGUUUCUUACCAACCCAACAAACGGGAGUUGGAUGACAAAGAUGCAGAAAACAUAUACAUGACGAAUGAGCACGAAAUUGAUAUCGACUUAGCAUAA